AUGGACAAUAGCGACCUUGCCAGCCUCUCCAAGCACGUCCAAACCCUGAUCACGAAGUACCCAGACAUCAACGCCGUCUGGCUUAACGCCGGCAUCCAAUACUCCUACUCCUUCGCCGAUCCCAUCAAUGGGUCGAAACACACCGACGAGGCCAUCAUCCGCGAGAUCACUGUCAACCUGACCGCACAUACCAUCCUCGCGCGCCACUUCGUUCCGUUCCUCCUCACGCAAAAGUUCGAAACAGUCCUAAUGCUCACCUCCUCCGGCAUUGCCUAUCUCCCCCUGUCCCAGUUUCCAGUCUACGGCGCCACCAAAGCCGCAACCCACCAUUUGUGCUGCGCCAUGCGCGACCAAUUGGCUGACACCAAUGUGCGGGUGCUGGAAUUGGCAACGCCGUACGUAGCCACGGAUCUGGAUAAGGAGCACAAGGAGGCGAGUAAGGGGGCGCCGCCGCCAAUGCCUUUGGAGGAGUAUACGGACAAAGUAUUUGAGAUCCUGGAUGGGAGUGAGGCGAAGGAGUUGAAGGAAGUGGGUGUGGGGUUUGCUCAGAUGGGAGUGGGGAAGUGGAGAGAGGCGUUUGGGCCCGUGUUGGAGGGGAUUGGGUCGAAGGCUUAG